CGUAGUGUUUAGUGUUUGCGUAACCGGCUGGCAGAGGGAGACUCGCUUGACCUCCAGCUGGUUGCACCGUAAACAUGGCCAGUGUCGUCGCCGCCGCUAAAAUCAUACCUUCUGGCUGUUUUGGCAAUGUUUGUCGCCAGUUUGCUGUGCGCUCGCAGAGCACGGCAGCUGCUGCUGCUCCACAGGCAGUGCCAGAGAAAAGAUUAAAGAAAUUUUCUGUCUACCGUUGGGAUCCAGAGAAGCAAGGAGACAAGCCCCAUAUGCAGACAUAUGAGGUGGAUCUGAAUUCGUGUGGUCCCAUGAUUUUAGAUGCUUUGCUUAAAAUCAAGAAUGAAGUUGAUCCAUCAUUGACCUUCAGAAGGUCGUGUCGAGAGGGCAUCUGUGGUUCAUGUUCCAUGAACAUUGGAGGAGUGAACACGCUUGCUUGCAUCAGUAAAAUAGACACAAACCUGAACAAACCAACAAAAAUAUACCCAUUGCCACAUAUGUACGUCAUAAAGGACCUGGUUCCCGAUAUGAAUAACUUCUACGAGCAGUACCGAUCAAUCCAACCUUGGUUGCAGCGAGGCGAUGGACUCGAGCCCGGUGAUCAGCAAUAUUUGCAAUCAGUAGACGAUCGCAAGAAACUGGAUGGCUUGUAUGAGUGCAUCCUAUGUGCAUGUUGCUCCACAUCUUGCCCUUCAUAUUGGUGGAAUGGAGAUAAGUACUUGGGACCAGCUGUACUCAUGCAGGCCUACCGUUGGAUCAUAGACUCGCGUGACGAAAAAUCUGAGGACCGUCUGAAGAGGCUACGGGAUCCCUUCUCUGUGUAUCGAUGUCACACCAUCAUGAAUUGCACAAAGACAUGUCCCAAGGGACUAAAUCCUGGGCUUGCUAUUGCUGAAGUGAAGAAGCUUUUAUCGGGUAUUGCCAAGAAAGGAGAACCAGGUAUAGAUGCCUUGGGAGCCAACUAACCCUGAACACAGAGAAAUAUUAGCCAUACAAAAGGACAUUGUGAUUGAGCCUCCCUUAACAUAAUGACAAAUAUCCAUUAAUAUUACUAAAGUAGAGGAUCUGAAUUUACUGUUGUGUGUUCAGUAAAAUUUGCAAGAGAAUUUUAAGAUGAAUGCAUUUAUUUUUAGCAAAAAACGUACAUUCUUUGUCUGUUGGAAAAUGAUAUACAGUACAUAAGCUUUGAUAUAUCUACCUGAUGCUUUAAAUGUGUGCUAUAAAAAUAAAAUGCAGUCCAAUGAUGUAUGGGUUAUAAAUUAUAACAAGAAAUUAGAUAUAAAAUUAUAAUGAAUUUGCAUGAUAACUACCGUAGUGACACAGGUGUAUAUUUUACACUGUGUAUAUGCCUUCAGUGCAGCACACACACAAAGUGAUCAGUGAAGAUCUUGCUCUCGUGUAAACGUGUAUAUUGCUACUAUUCAAAAUAUUUCUGGCGUGUAUAUAUUUGUGGGAUAAAACUUAAUAAAUAUUAGUGCAAAA